CCACCACGUUCACACCGCGGAGUCGCAGUCGCACACUGCACAUUCUUGUCUCUCCUUCAUUCUCCCCUUCGUUGCCUUUCUGUCAAUGGGAGCGCGCUAGAGUAGAGAGCACCAUGCCUCCCAAGCACCGCGACGGCGAUGUCGUGGCCGUCAUCCCCGGCCACUUCAUCAGCCAUGCCCACACCGCCGCGGCUUAUGCGGCCUUCGUCGGCGCCUUCAUCGUCGGCGUCUGGCUGCAUUACCACAAGAUUGUGCAGAACGAGCACUUCGGCUACCCGAUCGAAUGGUUUCCCUCGGUGUCCGCGACGAUUGGCGACCGCUAUCCCGAACGAAGCGUCUUUCAAGUCUUCAUUGCCAUCUGCUCCGGCCCACGAUUUGCCUUGGUCUUCCUGUGGUACUGCCUCGCCAACCGUCCGGGGAGCACCUUGCCCAGAUUCAUCGCAGGAGUGGGAGUCUUCCGGACAUUGACAUGUGGAGGAUGGACAUACAUCACGAGCACCGAUGACCAUGACUGGCACGAUAUUUUCAUGAUCGCCUACCUCGUGGCCACUCUGCCCUGGACUGUUGGCUGCAUUGCCUUGUCUCCUCCCAAUCCACGCGCUAUCAAGUACCGCAAGUACCUGGCCGCCACUUUCUUUGCCACCCUCGUUCCACUAGUCUACUUCUUCAUCCAACAUAAAGUGCAUCGUGUGCCAGGGGCAUAUACCAUCUACGCCUUCUUCGAAUGGUCGCUCGUCCUGCUCGAUGUCGCCUUCGACGCCGUCACCGCCAUCGACUUUAAUGCUUUCGAACUUGUCGUCAAGGACGUGAAGGGAGUGAGCAGAGGAGAGAAGAAUCGCGUGGCAGAGAAAGCCUGGGAGAGACGAAAGGACAAGCCUAUUGGUCAAGUCUUCAAUGACCGCUUCUCAUGGGACGAAAUGCUUGAUGCGGCAGCAGAUGUGUAUCUUGGGUUCUCAUUCUGGACCAUCAUAACAUCUCUGGGCGUGGUCGUGUGGUACUUUCCACUCUGGCACAUGGGCAUCUCCGGCUACGAGAUCGCUGUAAUGUCGACCAUCUCUCCGUUAUUGCUCGAGAUCGGAGCCAUUCGUCGUCUGGCCUCAAAGAACUUUCCCACAAUAAUACUCACUACUGCCAUAGGUCUUCUCGCAUAUCUCAUUAAAGGUCCUGAAGCGAGGCUUGGAGCAGUCAGCCUUGGCGUCUGGAAUAGCUGCUUCGCCUGGGUAGCGUUGUGGUGGAGCAAGCGCAAUAGUCCUGCCAUGCUGGAGGCGAAAGUUUCUGCGUGGCUCAUAGGACUCAUGGCCAGUAGUAUCGCCAAGUUUGCUUGCUGGACCAACAACCCUCUCUGGCCUAUCAUGCACGAGGCCAACGGCGGAUACAACAAGACUGGCAUUGCAUUGUUCGCCUUAGCUGUGCUUCGCUCUUUUCAAACAUCUUCCAAGAAUCUGGGCAACGAGCCCAACCAGGACAAGCCGAAAGGUCCUUCGUUUAUGGCCGGUCUUGGUUUCGCUGGUGUUAUGUUUGGACUGCACUCGUUGCUCUCCGAUUCGAGCACCAUGAUUCUGUGGGUCUGGGAGGGAUAUCCUGUUCGUGGCCCCCUAGCUUCACCGCAUGGAGCCUGGACAAUCGCAGCAAUGGGUCUCGGUCUGGUUUUUGGUCUCUUCUAUCCCAACCUCAUUCGUACCUGGGCUGCUUUCGGAAUCGGUUCACUUGGUGCCGCAUUGCUCACGCUCUUUCCAAACUGGACUGGCUACUAUGGCGGCUUAACACUCGCUUUCUACCUCGUCGGCGUUACUCCCGCCAUAAUAUCCAAUGCCGUUCGCUUCUCGCCUGGUCGAACCUUCUCCCUAGGCUUCUUUUUCUACAACAUCAUGGUCCUGUUCCAUGUCUGGGUUGUGGCGUACGCAUUUGUGCCCGGUGGGCCGCUGGUCAGGGAGCACACAGACUGGGUGAUGAUUACCACGAUGAUCAUGAUCGGUUGUGGUAUUUUCUCGUCGAACGCCAAUAGCAGCCCGGCGAAGCAGCGUUCCUUCGAGCCUCCACCAAAUCCUGCUGCCAGACGUCAGCGCAGCUACUACAUCUACGCCCUGCUCGCCCUACAGCUCAUCAGCGCUAGCGUGGCUUACCUUCGCUUCCCAACCUAUAACUAUCAGCCCUACCACAAGGACAGCAAGUUGAUCACCGCUGGCAUUUGGACGAUCCACUUCAGCAUUGACAACGACAUGUGGAGCUCGGAGCGACGCAUGGAAGCGCUCAUUCGAGAGACUGAACUCGAUGUCGUUGGACUUCUCGAGAGCGAUCUGCAGCGCAUCAUCAUGGGCAACCGCGACACCACUCAGUAUCUCGCAGAAGAGCUUGGCAUGUACGUCGACUAUGGCCCGGGCCCGAACAAGCACACUUGGGGCUCUGCAUUGCUCUCCAAAUUCCCAAUCGUGAACAGCACCCACCAUCUCCUUCCCUCGCCCGUAGGAGAAUUAGCACCCGCCAUCCAUGCCACCAUUAAUGCCUACGGUGAGCUCGUGGACAUCUUCGUCUUCCAUUCCGGACAAGAAGAGGAUCCAGAAGACCGACGUUUGCAAACUGAGUACCUGUCGAAGCUCAUGGGAAGCACGAAUCGACCAUCAAUCCUUCUCUCGUAUCUAGUGACGAAGCCAAAGGAAGGCAAUUACAACACCUACGUAUCGGACGUGUCUGGAAUGAGAGACAUCGACCCAACAGACUGGGAUCGAUGGUGCGAGUACAUCCUGUACAAGGGUAUGAAGAGGACAGGCUACGCACGAGUGUCGAGAUCGACCAUCACCGACACUGAACUACAGAUCGGAAAGUUCAUCGUCGGCCAGCCCGAAGGCAGUGACCAGAUCAUUCCCGAGGAUCAGGUCCCUGAACCGUACAGAUUUCCGGCCAUGUUCAAAGGACAGGGCGUGAGAGAUCACCGGUACCAUGUCUUCAACGAGCCAAGAUAUUAUGCGUAGAGACGAGGAAGGUAAAGCAUGGCCAUCGCUGCGCUUGCCAUUAAUGUAUAUGUAUUAGGAGCCUAAAAUGCAACAUCGUUCCAGCCGAAC